AUGUCUACUGCCUUCUUUGAAAUUGAGUACGGCCCUGCUGGCCAAACCAAGACAGGUCGUGUCGAAUUCAAGCUCUACGACGAUGUCGUCCCCAAAACCGCCAAGAACUUUGCUGAGCUCUGCAACGGCUUCACCGAUUCGACUGGCAAGGUCUUGACCUACAAGGGCUCUUCCUUCCACCGUGUCAUCCCCCAGUUCAUGCUCCAGGGUGGUGACUUCACCCGCGGCAACGGUACCGGUGGUAAGUCCAUCUACGGUGAUAAGUUCGCCGACGAGAACUUCAAAAUCCGCCACGAGCGCCCUGGUCUUCUCUCCAUGGCCAACGCUGGUCCCAACACUAACGGCUCCCAAUUUUUCAUCACCACCGUCAAGACCAACUGGCUCGAUGGCAAGCACGUCGUCUUCGGCGAGGUCACCAAGGGAUACGAUGUCGUCGAGGACAUUGAGCGACUUGGCACCUCUAGCGGCUCCGUCCGCGGAACCGCCAAGAUCGUCAACUCUGGCGCUGCUUAA